AUGUGUGCCAUGUAUUAUCCGUCCUCAUCAUUACAGAUGAGCAAGAAGGAGGUAGUCGAUCAUUCACAACAAAACUCACCAUGGAAACGGUUUCGUCCCUUGUUACUGGCACUCCCUCAUGAAAAUAAUAUUGGAGAGAAGCAGCAGCAACAACAACAACAGCUUGUCCGAAACCAAUGGCUGGAACGACAUUGGUUAUUCUCGGGAUGUUUGAAAGAACGCCUUGUACUUGUUCCUCUCAGUACUAAUAAUAAUGAACCAUCAUUACUUCAUUACGAAAUGAUGGAUUUAAAUAGUUUUAAUAAUACUGAUCACAAGUCAGCAGAGAAACCACUUGGAUCAUGGGUCGUCUUUCAGUUGAGAAUUGAAGGCAUGAGAUGUGGUAGUUGUUCCGGAUUGGUGACUCGCUUGAUACAGGACUAUCUCUCGGAACGAUUUGGACCACAACAGCAACAACUCACCGACCAUAAUAAUAUGAAACCCAGUAAUAACAAUAUCAACAACCGAUCCUUCUCUCAUCAUGUUGAUCUUGAAAAGAAGAGACUUGUCUGUGUGGUAAAUGACAAGUCCCUUCUUCUCAUCAAAAAGGAUCAUCAAAGCCUUUCCGAGCUCUAUGAUGAUGAGCUUGAGAAUAUUCGGACACAUAUCCAACAACACACCAGUUUUAUUCCUUUUGAAAUUCGAGCCUUUGUGAAUCACAAUCAUGGCUUAUCUUCGCUAGGAAUGAACGAAACAUCAACCACUGAAAUUUCUCAAUUAUUAUCCAAAUCCGUGCCGUUAUUUGCCGAUGAUGACUCAUGCCUCACGAUGGAAGACCUUUUAGUGACUCCACUACUCCAUGAAUCCUCCUCACAAUCAUCUUCCCUCCAUUCUCCUUCAAUUUUUCUGCUUUUAUGCAACAAAAAGAACCGUCCUACUAUUUCCACUUCUUCUACUUCGGACCAACAACAUCAACCGAAUGACAAAGAAGCAGAUCUUGAAAUUUGUUCCUUACUCGAACAACACAUAACACCAUCAGCUCUUCAAAGCCUUUCAAAAAAUAGUACAAACAUCAACAAACAACAACACUUGUCGGGAUUAUCAACCACAAACUCCACAUCGACCAUGCCUGCUUAUCCGACAUCUUCUCCUCCAGAAGAAGAAGAGCAAGAAGAAAUUGAUUUGGAUCUUCAGGAAGAUGAGGAUAUAACGAACAUAUCUUCAAGGUUAUUAUUGAAUGAAAACGACUCAUCGGAAGAUGAUGGGAAUGAUCAUUCUGAAAAGCCUUCAUUUUGGACAUCAUUGAAGGUACUGCUUGGUAUUGGCUAUGAAUCCUCCUCAUCAUCCGUGAGAAAGAAAAUCUCUGAUUUUGAUGAGGAAUAUGAAAUGGAAUCCAUUUCCAUGAAUGGAGAAAAAACAAUUGAACUCGAUGUAACAGGAAUGCAUUGUUCUUCGUGUGUUGGAAAAGUAGAAAACUCACUGAAAAACACAAAAGGAGUUUUGAAUGCAUCAGUUUCAUUAAUGACAAAUUCCGCAAGUGUCACCUAUAACACUUCGGAAAUUACCAUUCAACAAAUUGUGGAAACAAUUGAAUCAGUUGGUUUUCAGGCCUCUUUGAAACAACAAUCAAAGCAAAAGCAACAUCAUCAUGUAGAAAAAGAGAGUGCAGAAAAAGCACAACAAACCAUCAAUGCUUGGAAAAUCCGAUUUAUCAUCUCUUUACUAUUUACUAUUCCUGUAGUUAUACUUACUAUUUCAAACAAACGAAAUUAUUCAGGCUACGAAUUGUACAAAGUGAGAUAUAAUUAUUCGCCCAAAGAUAAGCUUAAUUAUUUACUUGUAAAUUAUGGAUGUAUGAUUUUAACUGCCAUAGUUCACUUUGUGACAGGAUGGCAUUAUCAUGUACAGGCUGUGAAAGUACUUCGAAAUUUUUAUGCAGACAUGAAUGUUCUAAUUUCACUCAGCACAAAUGCUGCAUUCAUGUAUUCUGUUGCUUUGCUAAUUACCACAACCUUAGAGAUGUAUGGAAUUAUUGGCCAAGCAGUCUCAAAAUUCCCUUCUUAUUUAUUUGAAACUUGUGUCAUGGUGUUAAUGUUCCAAAACUUGGGAAAAUAUCUCGAGUCUAUUGCCAAGAAAAAGACCACAGAAUCAUUAUCAGCUCUCUCACAGUUACAACCUGCAAAAGCAAAUUUAAUUGCUGAUAAAGUUCAGGAAGAAAACUUGACAUUCAGUACCCGCACAAGAGAAGUAUUUGUAGAGGAAAUAUCCGUUGGAGAUUAUGUCAUGGUAAAAUGUGGUCAUACCAUACCAUGUGACGGAAUUAUUGUAUUAGGACAAUGUUUUGUUAAUGAGAGCAUGUUGACAGGAGAAUCCAAAAGAAUUUUCAAGAAGAAGGGCUCGAAGGUAUUUGGAGGCACUGUCAAUGAACAAUUUUCUUCUGGAAAUGAAGCUGCGUCUGGUGGAGUCAUUAUUGUGAAAGUCAUCAAGACCGGUCAAGAGAGUGUAUUGGGGCAAAUCAUUACAUUGGUUCAACAAGCUCAACAUAACAAGGCUCCAAUUCAGCAAUUUGCUGAUUCUAUUUCACGAGUGUUUGUUCCUGCAGUCAUUGCUUUAUCUCUAAUUACAUUUGGAAUUUGGUAUUUUUCGUCAACUUUAGGAUUUAUUAAUAAUGGAACCAACAGAUUAGAUUCGGUGCUAUUCGCUUUGAUCUUCUCCAUGUCGGUUCUUUCAAUCGCGUGUCCUUGUGCCCUAGGAAUAGCAACACCCAGUGCAAUCAUGGUAGCAACAGGAAUUGGUGCUUCAAAUGGUAUCUUGAUUUUAGGUGGACUUCCUCUCGAGAUUGCACACAAAGUAGACUGCAUUUGUUUUGACAAAACUGGAACUAUUACCAAUGGAAAAGCUUCUGUGAUUGAUUAUGGAUUUUUCCAUGAGGAUGCUUCAAAAGUGGGCAUUGAUGAGCAAGACUUUUUUGAAAUGAUCGUUGGAGCUGAAAGAGCCAGCGAACAUCCUUUGGCUGAAGCAAUGGUUCAAUAUUUUUCACCAAAGAUUGAAAACAUGUUUGACCAUAUGGACACCUCUUUGAACAUUGUUGGAGGAAAGGGCUUGAAAUAUGUUUUCACAAACAAGAGAGACAACAAACAACAAACAGUUUUGAUUGGAAAAGCCUCAUUCUUGAGUCAAGAAGGCGUCAUUGUGGAUAAUCCAAAAGAUGCAAAAUUUGCAAAUACGAAAAAGCUUUUGAAACAAGGAUUCACGGUGGUAUUUUGCGCUGUCAAUAAUGUUUUAAUUGGAUACAUUGCACUCUAUGAUGAGUUGAAACCUGAAGCUACUGAAGUUAUUAGAACAUUAACAGAAGAGUUUAACAUCAAAUGCGUGAUUAUGAGCGGUGACAACAAGCAAGCUGUACAACAAUGUGUCUCUCGUUUGGGCUCUGACAAGUUAGAGUAUCUGUACGACAAGACCCCUUCUGAAAAGUGCCAAUAUAUUGAAUUACUUAAAAAACAAGGAUAUACUGUUGCGAUGCUUGGUGAUGGCAUCAACGACUCACCUGCGUUAUCAGCAGCAGAUAUUGGUAUUGCGAUUGGAGAUGGUACAGACAUUGCGAUUAAGAGUUCAGAUAUUAUUUUGCUUAAUUCUGAUUUGAGAGAUGUCGUGACUACCAUUGAGCUUUCACACAAAACAUUUUCCAGAAUUCGAUUGAAUCACUUUCUUGCUCUUGGUUACAAUAUGAUUAUGAUUCCAUUGGCAUGUGGCGUGUUGUGGCCAUUUUAUGGAAUUGUUUUACCCCCUUAUUUAUCAUCCAUGCUCAUGAUGCUCUCAAGCUUGAGCGUUCUCAUUAGCAGCUUGUCAUUGCGGAUGACUUUCAAAGCUCGAAAGAACUCGAGUGAAAAAGUUCAAUAA